AUGGAUCAAAUUAUUGCAUUUACCGAUCCUGGAAAGCAGUUCGCCAAGGAUUCGUUGCGUCUGGUCAAAAGAUGUACAAAGCCAGACCGCAAAGAAUUCCAGAAGAUUGCAAUGGCUACUGCAAUCGGUUUCGCAAUCAUGGGAUUCAUCGGAUUUUUCGUCAAGCUCAUCCACAUCCCAAUUAACAACAUCAUUGUGUAA